CUAAGGCUUAACCUCCAGUACUGGCGUAUGAGUGUAUUUAGUUUUGUUGCAGAUAUACGCCAAAUAAUCUAAAGGAGGGUUGAAGGCGGUCUUGUUCCAACCGGAGCAAUUUAUAAAAAAACGUAUGAGUGUAUCGCCCCUUGAGUCAUAAAAGAAAGAAAGAAGAAUUUUCAACAAUCUGAACCAUGGAGUCUGAUCAGGAUCAAGCAUUUUUACAUAUUCUUCGUGAAAAGAAGAACAUAAAUAAUUUUCUGAAUGCCUUCUUUGGAUUUUUAUAUAGAUGCACGGACUUUUAUGUCGAAUCAAAUCUGGAGCAAAAACUAGGCUUCCCACCUGGAGUAGCAGAGGAACUUGUACUAAACAGUAUGCACGAGUGGAAAAAUGUUGCAUCGACCCUACAGAAGACAACAACACAUAUGAAUAAUAUUACAAUCAACAAAAGCAACAAUAUAUCACAAUCAAUCCAGUCAAAUUUAGAAAAUUUGGAAAGCAAAAAUGGUGGGGUGACUCCACCAGUUGCGUACGAAGUUGAGAUUGAUUCAUGUAACAAGUUUAAUAACAGUAAUCCAUCUUUCACACGAUUGUCUGAGACAAAUUAUAUGUCAGAUAGUUACAACGGUGCCAUAAGAGAGAAUUAUGUUUGGACCCAGACUCUCAGCGACUUGGAUGUACUUGUAAAAAUACCGGAACACAUAAAGUGCAAGAAAAACGCUGUGAGAGUUAAUAUAAGUUUAGACGAGAUCAAGAUUGAUGUCAAAUCUUCUGAUUCUACAAAGGAUUUUGAAUGGGAGAACAUUUUCAAUGGCAAGCUCAGCUUUAAAAUCCGAAAAGACGAAUCUAUAUGGAGUGUGUCUGGAAAACACAUUAGUAUCCAUCUCGAAAAAGUUAGCGAAAGGUGGUGGGAAGCGUUAACAGCGGAUGAACCGAAAAUCGAUCUAAGUAAGAUUGACUGUACGAAACAUUUUGAUGAUAUGGCACCGGACGAACAAAUUAAAGUACAGGAACUGGUGUGGAAUCAGCAGCAGAAGCUCUUGGACAAACCGACCUCCGAACAAAUCAAGAUGGAAGCUAUCUUGAAGCAAGCGUGGAAUGCAAAAGGAUCGCCUUUCCAGGGUACACCUUAUGAUCCUUCUAUUUUAAAAUAUAAUUAAUGUGUUUUAAUUAAUUUUUCUUUAGCUAUCUUAUAUUAUGUGUACCGGACGUAUUGAAAAUCGAAAAAUAAAUUGUAAAUAUAUUUUUUAUAAAUAUAAAUAUUGUGACGCUCUUAUAUA